GCUCAACGGGCAGCCGUGGCGGCUGGGUAAUGGCAACCCUGUGAGGAGGGUCUGGGAGAUCAAUCUGCGCGCGAGAUACACAAGGUGCGGCGAGGGCGUGGGAACGCGACGCUGACCCAGGCCUCCCCUUGUUGCCAGAUUCAUUUACUUCCCCACAAUGUCCUUGAAACCACGAGUAGUUGAUUUUGAUGAAACAUGGAACAAGCUUCUCACAACUAUUAAAGCUGUUGUUAUGCUGGAUUAUGUUGAAAGAGCAACAUGGAAUGAUCGCUUCUCGGACAUAUACGCUCUGUGUGUGGCCUAUCCCGAACCUCUUGGAGAGAGACUUUAUAUGGAAACUAAAUUUUUUUUGGAAAAUCAUGUACGCCAUUUGCACAAGAAAGUCUUGGACUCUGAAGAAAAAAUAUUGGUAAUGUAUCAUAGAAACUGGGAUGAAUACAGUAAAGGGGCAGAUUAUAUGGACUGUUUAUACAGAUACCUCAAUACACAGUUUAUUAAAAAGAACAAAUUGACUGAAGCUGAUCUUCAAUAUGGUUACGGAGGUGUGGAUAUGAGUGAACCAUUGAUGGAGAUUGGAGAACUAGCCCUUGAUAUGUGGAAGAGAUUAAUGAUUGAGCCCCUGCAGGCUGUCCUCAUUCGAAUGUUGCUUCGUGAAAUUAAAAAUGAUCGUUGUGGAGAAGAUCCAAAUCAGAAAGUAAUCCAUGGGGUUAUUAACUCCUUUGUUCAUGUUGAACAGUAUAAGAAAAAAUUCCCUCUGAAGUUUUAUCAGGAAAUUUUUGAGUGCCCUUUUCUGAAUGAAACGGGGGAGUAUUAUAAACAAGAAGCUUCAAAUUUAAUGCAAGAAUCAAACUGCUCACAGUAUAUGGAGAAGGUUUUAUGUAGGCUAAAAGAUGAAGAAGUAAGAUGUCGAAAGUAUCUACACCCCAGUUCCUACGGCAAAGUAAUUAAUGAAUGCCAACAGCGAAUGGUAGCAGACCACUUACAAUUUCUUCAUGCAGAAUGUCAUAACAUCAUCAGACAAGAGAAGAGAAAUGAUAUGGCAAACAUGUACACACUGCUUCAUGCUGUGCCAAGUGGCUUACCUCAUAUGAUUCAGGAACUACAAAACCAUAUCCAUGAUGAGGGCCUUAGGGCAACUAGCAAUCUUUCUCAGGAAAAUAUGCCCACUCAGUUUGUAGAAUCAGUGUUGGAAGUACAUAGUAAAUUUGUUCAGCUCAUAAAUACUGUUUUGAAUGGCGAUCAGCGUUUUAUGAGUGCCCUUGAUAAGGCUUUAACAUCAGUAGUGAACUAUAGGGAACCAAAGUCUAUCUGCAAAGCUCCUGAGCUGUUGGCCAAAUAUUGUGACAAUUUGCUAAAAAAAUCAGCAAAAGGCAUGACAGAAAACGAAGUGGAAGACAAACUAACAAGCUUCAUUACAGUUUUCAAGUACAUUGAUGACAAAGAUGUUUUUCAAAAGUUCUAUGCCAGAAUGUUGGCAAAAAGGCUUAUACAUGGUUUAUCGAUGUCCAUGGACUCAGAAGAAGCUAUGAUUAACAAAUUGAAGCAAGCCUGUGGUUAUGAGUUCACUAGCAAACUCCAUCGAAUGUAUACAGACAUGAGUGUUAGUGCCGAUCUUAACAACAAAUUCAACAACUUCAUAAAAAAUCAAGACACCGUCGUAGAUUUGGGAAUUAGUUUUCAGAUAUAUGUUCUUCAGGCUGGAGCAUGGCCUUUGACCCAGGCGCCAUCAUCUACCUUUGCAAUUCCUCAGGAACUGGAAAAAAGUGUACAGAUGUUUGAAUUAUUUUACAGCCAGCAUUUCAGUGGAAGGAAACUUACCUGGUUACAUUAUCUUUGCACAGGUGAGGUCAAAAUGAAUUAUUUGUCCAAGCCCUAUGUAGCCAUGGUUACCACCUACCAAAUGGCAGUGCUGCUGGCCUUUAACAAUAGUGAAAUCGUCAGUUACAAAGAGCUGCAAGAUAGCACACAAAUGAAUGAGAAGGAACUGACCAAAACUAUCAAAUCCUUACUUGAUGUCAAAAUGAUCAACCAUGACUCAGAUAAGGAGGAUAUAGAGGCAGAGUCCACUUUUUCAUUAAAUAUGAAUUUUAGCAGUAAACGAACGAAAUUUAAAAUCACUACUUCAAUGCAAAAAGACACCCCCCAGUGCAAGGAAAUGGAGCAAACCAGGAGCGCUGUAGAUGAAGAUAGGAAAAUGUACCUUCAAGCUGCAAUUGUUCGCAUCAUGAAAGCACGAAAAUUGUUGCGACACAAUGCUCUCAUUCAGGAGGUAAUUAGCCAAUCAAGAGCUAGGUUUAACCCAAGUAUCAGCAUGAUUAAGAAGUGUAUUGAAGUUCUGAUAGACAAACAGUACAUUGAACGGAGCCAGGCCUCGGCAGAUGAGUACAGCUAUGUAGCAUGAGUUUAAUAUUCUGCAGAUACGGCUGUAAGGAGAUUGUCUCUGUCUCUGCUUGGUGUGUUCUGUGGGGGAAAAAAGCAGGUCUGUGGUGCCUCCAUAACUGGUCACUUGGCAGCUCCUGUUUUUUCUGCUGUUUACAACAUCACCAGUGCCACGUCAUGAGCGUCAGUGAAGAAAAAAGCCUAUAGAUAUCCCGAGCUCAUGUCAUUAUGACAUUUCUUAAAACUUUAUUAAAAGAGAAUGAGUGAAGUCUUGCUGAAAUGUGGAAAUUUUGGUUGGAUGCCAUUCUUCCCCUUUCACCUCUCCAUCCUCCCACGUUUGCAGUUGAUGUUUUUUUAAUGUAUCUUAAAACACAAACUUAAAACAGACUAAAUAUUGUAAUAUGG